AUGAUUGCGUACGGUGAUCAUAACUGCCAUUUCUAUACGUGGAAAUCCGUUUGCUAUAGGUACGUGGGAAACCUGUCAAGAGAUGUGACCGAAGCUCUAAUCCUCCAGCUGUUCAGCCAGAUCGGACCAUGCAAAAACUGCAAAAUGAUAAUGGAUACAGCUGGAAAUGAUCCGUACUGUUUUGUAGAGUUCUAUGAGCACCGGCACGCGGCUGCGGCACUGGCUGCUAUGAAUGGCCGGAAGAUAAUGGGUAAGGAGGUCAAAGUGAACUGGGCGACGACCCCCAGCAGCCAGAAGAAAGACACCAGCAACCAUUUCCAUGUCUUUGUCGGAGACCUCAGUCCUGAAAUCACAACUGAAGAUAUAAAAGCAGCUUUUGCGCCAUUUGGAAGAAUAUCAGACGCGCGCGUGGUUAAGGACAUGGCGACGGGAAAAUCUAAAGGAUACGGCUUCGUCUCCUUCUUCAAUAAAUGGGAUGCAGAGAAUGCGAUUCAGCAGAUGGGCGGUCAGUGGCUCGGUGGAAGGCAAAUCAGAACGAACUGGGCGACAAGAAAACCUCCGGCUCCGAAGAGUACAUACGAAUCAAACGCCAAACAACUGUCCUACGACGAUGUGGUCAAUCAGUCCAGCCCGAGCAACUGCACUGUGUACUGCGGAGGUGUUACUUCGGGACUGACAGAACAGCUGAUGCGCCAGACCUUUUCUCCCUUCGGGCAGAUAAUGGAAAUUCGAGUCUUCCCAGAUAAAGGCUACUCCUUUGUACGGUUUAAUUCUCACGAGAGUGCUGCGCAUGCGAUCGUUUCUGUCAACGGAACGACUAUCGAAGGACACGUAGUGAAGUGCUACUGGGGCAAGGAGACGCCAGACAUGAUCAGUCCGGUCCAGCAGAUCGGCUACCCGCCGGCGUACGGGCAGUGGGGCCAGUGGUACGGCAACGCCCAGAUCGGUCAGUACGUGCCCAACGGCUGGCAGGUCCCCGCCUACGGGAUGUACGGGCAAGCGUGGAAUCAGCAGGGCUUUAAUCAGACGCAGUCUUCGGCGGCGUGGAUGGGCGCCAACUACGGCGUGCAGCCGCCGCAGGGGCAGAACGGGAGCGUGAUAACCAACCAAACGGGAUACCGCGUGGCGGGCUUCGAAACGCC